ACUCAGACCAAGAAGCCACGUGCGAUCCCUCACCAGACGGCCAUACCCAUGUGAUAAUUUUACUACGUCUAGAACUAGGAACUGAUCAAAUAAGUUCUGGCUAAACGUAAAGCUAACAGGAGUUCUUUUCAAAGGGUUAAAAUGCGAGAAAGAACGUUACUAAUAUUCACGAUCUUUGUAGUCUGUGUUUUUUUGCAUCUCCUCUACAUGAAACCUCUAACGUCUACUGUCUCUGGCGAUACGCCACCGUUUAAACCAAACGUGCCUUUCUCCAUGAGUAGUAGUAGCAGUUUCUCGGUUGUGACUUCAGAUAAGAAAGAAGAGGAGGAGUUAGAUCCGUUGGUACCUCCUCCUAAGGCUAGCAAGAAGGAGAGAAUCAACUGGUUCAGAACUAAGCUGCCUGAGCUUGAGAUACUGAACUCCACGAGCAAGAGUAAGAGACUCCAUGGAAGAGUUACUGAGUUGUUCAACAAGAACUGCUCAGCUCACUUCUUUAUGAUCUGGCUUUCUCCAGCAAAAUCCUUUGGACCAAGAGAGAUCUUAGCCAUUGACACUCUCUUCACCACCAAUCCCUACGCUUGCUUGGUGAUUCUCUCCAACUCCCUAGACUCACCUCAAGGACACACCAUCCUCAACCCGCUUCUUUCUCAAGGCUUCAACCUCGUCGCUGUAACACUAGACAUCCCGUUCCUCGUCAAGAACACACCAGCUGAACCUUGGCUGAUAAAACUAAAGAGCGGCGACAUGGACCCUGGCUCCAUCCCUUUCUUCAUGAACCUCUCUGACCUAACGAGACUCGCGGUGCUCUACAAGUACGGAGGAGUCUAUCUAGACACAGACAUCAUCUUCCUCAACGACAUGACGCGGCUGAGAAACGCUAUCGGAGUACAGACUUUGGAUCAAGAAACCAAGAAAUGGAAAACGCUAAACAACGCGGUGAUGGUCUUUGACCCUUACCAUCCACUUAUGAGAGAGUUCUUGCACGAGUACGCCGCAACAUUUAAUGGAAACAAAUGGGGAUACAAUAGUCCUUGUCUAGUCACUAGAGUUAUCAGGAGGUUAGGACACAAAGCUGAGUUCAAUCUCACGAUCUUUCCGCCGGAUGCUUUCUAUCCAGUGAAUUGGCUUGACAUCCCAAGGCUUUUCAAGAAACCAAGAACCUUAGGAGAAGUAACAUGGGUGGAGAAGACGGUACAAGACUUGAGCAAAGAGAGUUAUACGGUGCAUCUGUGGAAUAAAGUCACGAGAAAGAUUGAGAUUGAAGAAGGAAGCGUGAUGCAUAAACUCAUCUCCACACACUGCACAGUGUGCAGAAACAUCAUAAACUCUCACGCUUGAGAUGGAGGAAGAA